AUGUCAAAUUCCAACACAACUGAGUUCUCCAACCCCUCCAUCUUCAUCCUGCUGGAAAAGGCCCAUAUUUGGAUCUCCAUCCCCUUCUGUGCCAUCUACGCUAUAGCCCUCUUGGGGAAUUUCACCAUCCUGUUCGUUGUGAAGAGGGAGUCGAGCCUCCAUGAGCCCAUGUACUAUUUCCUCUGCAUGCUGGCCGUCACUGACCUGGUCCUGUGUACAUCUACCAUGCCCAAAUUACUGAGCAUCUUCUGGUUCAACUCCAGGGAGAUCGAUUUCAGUGCCUGUCUCACCCAGAUGUUCUUCAUUCACUGCUUCUCAACAAUUGAGUCUGGGCUUUAUGUGGCCAUGGCGUUUGAUCGCUACGUGGCCAUCUGCCAUCCCCUGAGACAUUCCACCAUCCUGACGAACCGAAUUGUACCCAAGAUUGCCCUGGCCGUAGUGCUGCGCGGUUCCAUGCUUGCACUGCCCUGUCCCCUCCUGGCCAGACAGUGGCCAUAUUGCAGAACCAACAUCAUCCCCCACACACACUGUGAGCACAUGCCUGUGGUGAAACUGGCCUGCACCGACAUCAGCAUCA